GGUUGCGUCGUGUGUUUGCCGGGAAACUUCUACUUGUUUUACUAUCGUUUUAUGUUAAUCAUAUGGAUUGUUAAUUAGCUUUUCACAAUGGAGAUAGAAUGUACUCAAAAGCUUGAGUGCACCCAGGAGCUAUAUUAUUCGCAAACUGAAAGACUUGACCCUGAACAGGUUGGCUUCCUGGGUAUACAGGGUUCCACAUACGCGAUAAAAAGAGGACCCAACAAGAUAGGCAGAGAUCCACAAACAUGUGGGAUUUAUCUAAAUCUGAAUUCAAUAUCCAGGCAACAUGCCGUGAUUAAUGUCCUAAGCUUGAGUGACAUCAUGCUCAUGGACUUGGAUUCAUCCAAUAAAACUAAAGUCCAAGGUAAAACAUUGCAGCCAUACAUACCCUAUCCGCUUAAAAAUGGCGACAUGGUUCAGUUUGGGGCUAUAUUCGGCAUGUUUAGGCUGCUUCAAGAUGACAAUGACUUGCCGAUGACACAGGCGAUAGACCUGCCAUGUACCCCAGCACCCGUACCUAAACAGAUGUCUAGGUUAGGCGCUCCAGUGUUGGUGCCAGAAUCUCCUGAAGUCAGUGAUAUGGAUGACUCCUUUAUAAUGCCAUCACAACCCAAAAAAUCAUCUGAGUUUAAGAGCCCCAUGAACAAAUUUAUAAAACCGUCUAAUAAAACUGUGGCUAUCCAACCUAUGGGCAGUAAAACUAUAGACAAUGCUUACUGGGCAUCCGCCAGAAAAUCAGACUCAUUUAAUUUCCAAUUAGAUGAUUCUGGAAGCUCUUUCAAUGACUCAACAGCUUCAAACAAAUCAAAUAAAAUUAUUGAAGAGAGCAAUGAUAAUAUCCAUGAAAUGGAAACGCAACAACCUGUCCAAGCUAAUGAUAGUACAGACUCUAUUUACACUGCGAACACGCAAGUAGCUCCGCCCUCCAUACAUUGUAUGGAAACGCAGCCACCUGUCUUGGACAUUCACAUGCAAGAAACACAGCAAGCUCCUGACAUUCACGCUCUAGACACGCAGGUUGUACCUGACACUAUACACAAUUGUGACACACAGGCUCCAAUACCAAAUAAAUUACCUGAAGUAUGCAAAAUAGAUGACCAAGAAGAUUUAAAAGUCGAUUUAAUAUCAGCAAAUAAAGAAAACGUGAAUAGUUCGGACAAUAUAUUCAAUGCAGAAACACAAGCUUUUGUUGUAGAAAAGCAACCAGUUAUGGUUGAACAGAAAUCUGAGAGUAUUAACAAAAGUGUUGAAGAAUCAUCUAAAAAUAAAGAUGACUCUGAUGAAGAAAUCGCGUUUGAAGAAUUGAAUACACAAUCAUUUCAUGACUGUUUUGAGUCCCAGCCGAUUACUGGCAACAUAUCCCCACCGAUAGAAAGGAUAGAAAAGAUUGAAGUAAGCUUGAAUAAAAUCAGACGCGAGUCCGGCAGUUCAACUGAUUGUGAAGAUAUGGAUAUCUUGCCAAAUCAGAAAUUGUCAACUGAUAUAGACAUGUUACCAACCCAAAAGAUUAUAGUUGACUCUAAUGCUGAAAAUAUAAAUAGUGACCUUGGUGUUAUGCCAACUCAAAAACUUGUUGAGGAUAUAGAAAUGCUGCCGACUCAAAAAAUUGUUACCAAUGUUGAUGAUGAUCUCACAGAUUGUGAAGAUGAAGACGACAUCGUGAAAAAUGAAGUUAAAGGAGCAAAUGCUAGCGGGAGCCCGGAAAUAGAUUUUGAAGAUAUGGCUACACAAAUAAUCGGGGAUGACGUAUUAGAAGCAGAGAUAAAUAAAACGAAAGACCAAACUGAUGGUCCUAGUAAAGGACUCAGUUUUGAAGAGUUGCCCACGCAAAUAAUAACAGAUGACUCAAAGGAAGAAAAUUUUGAAGAACUGCCAACUCAAAUUAUUACUGACGAAGCAGAAAUUGAAAAACCUAAUGAGGAGGUUUAUUCUGAAGAAAUUAUUAGUCCUUUUAAAGUUCCUUUCCGAACUCCUUUAAAAUCUAAGAAAACUCCCACGAAAGCGCCAACUCCGAAAGUUGUUGUAACGAAUGACGACGACGAUGAUGAUCCUAACUAUUACGCAGCCACGCAGGAUUUAUUUAAUGAUCUCUGCACCCAAGGAGAACCCUCAACGGACUCCAUUAAACCAAAUUCAUCAAAUCAGAAAGAAAAAGGUGAUGAUGAAUUGGUGCCUUGUUCUGUAGAAGGGUAUGAAAUGGGCGAUAGAUUUAGGCACAUUGAAAGUGAAGUUUCGCCACUCAAAAAAUCUGACAGUGGAGGUAGUGAUUCUAAAAUUAAUAUAUCUCUCAACGAAAAAUCAAUUUCAAAUGUUGUACUUAAAACACCCCAAACUCUUAAAAUAAUGAAUAUUGAUCUUCCGGAUAGCCAGGAAAUAAAAACUAGUGUAACUUUAAAGCAUAAUUCUAUUACAGAGUCUUCCAGUGACACUGAAACGGACGAAGUUUCUGAUCAAGACUCGGGAAUCACCUUUGGGAAGAAGCGGAAAGCCAAAGUAAAUGCUAAACGGGAUCUUUCUAAAAAACUCGAAGUACUGCCUUCUAGAGUUAUCACGCGAGUUCGUAAGCCUACACUUAAAGUUCGAGAAUCUGACGAAAUAAAUAGAAACAGCAAAAGUAUUCUAAAGAGUAUUGUUAUAGUUGAUAGCGAUGAUAAUAUUGAUGCAGAUAUUGUAAGUGAAAAUAUAUCACGUUUAAAGAACAAAACUGAGAAAAAGAAAGGGAAAGAAAAGGAAGAUGAGCAGUCUAAACGAUUAUCAGACGAGCCAGCAAAAAGGCCACAUUCACGAAAUGAAAAUAAGAAAAAGGACAAACCAAUUGAAGAGUUAAGUGACAGUAAAGGUAGAAGUAGUCGAUCUAAAACGAAGAAAUCUGAGGAAAGUAAAUCGAAAGCUGACGAUCAUAAAGAUACUGAUGAUAUAAAGGUUAGGAGUACCCGAAGUACAAGAAAUAAAAAAGAUAAUGGUAAAGGCGAGAAAUCAAAGGGUGAAGAACAGAAGGAAUCAAAAAGCAAAGAGGAAAAAUCCAAAUCAAGAAGUGAAUCUAAAUCUAAAAGUGAUUCACACUCAAGAAGUAACUCUGAAUCAAGAAGCAAUUCAAAGCCCAGAAGAAAUGAUUCUAAAAACAGAAGCGAUUCAAAAACCAGAAGUACAAGAAGCAAAGACAAAAAAGAUAACCCAAAAAACACAUCCAGAAACGAAAAAACCCCAGAAACCGAAGUAAGACGAAGCUCACGACAGAAAUCUAAAGAAACUGCCAAACAUGAAAACAGUACUGUCUAUCUAUCUUCAGAGUCUAGUACAGAAUCGCCGAAGAAUUUGAAAAGACCAGCGGCGAAUGAGUUGGAAGUACCAAGUCCAAAAAGAACGAGGUCUUUGCCAAAUUCUAAGGAAUGUACGGCUAGUACAUCAGUACAAUCGACGCCGGUAAGGGCGGAGAGGCAUUAUGUUUUGUUCACGGCAUUUUCUAAUGACGAUGUGAGGAGUAAGCUUGAAAAAUUAGGAGCAGUAAUAGUAACAGACGUAAUGUCGUGCACGGUCCUAGUGACGCUUCAGAUAAAGAGAACAUUCAAGUUGCUGUGCGCGGUCGGUCUUGGGAGGCCUAUCGUCGGCCCUGAGUGGGUUCAAGCCUGUGCCGACACUAACACCAUCGUUGACCCAUGGCAGUUCCUAAUAAAGGACUCGCAAGCGGAGAGGAGGUUCCAGUUCAGUCUAGAAAGGACUCUAAAGAGCAGAAGGAACUUCCUUGAAGGAUACCAUGUAUCUGCCACGCCGAGCGUUUUACCAACGGCGCAAGAGAUGAAACUGAUAGUGGAAUGUUCCGGCGGCGUGUGGCAGGCCUCGGCGCCGAACUGGAUCUGCGUGACGUCGGCGGCCGACAAGGCGCUGUGGCCGGCGCUGCGCCGCCGCGGAGCGACCCUGGUGUCCACGGAGUUCAUCCUCGGCGGCGUGCUGAGGCAGCGGCCCGAUAUAGACGACACGGCUUUUGGUUAUCCCUUGCUGACGCGAUAUCUUCUAUCCAUGCUUGAAGAAUAACUUUAUUGACCCCAAAGACCAAGUCCUUGCAUGCUACAUGAUCAUCACACUUUUCAAGAUAAAGAGACAAGUUAACCAAUAACAAACUGAACUGUAGGGAAAUGUACUAACCCACUAUGUUUUUACCUCUGUCAUGGAGGAAUAAGUAAAUGCGAGAUAUUUGUAUAGGCAAGUUAUAGUGACAUCUAGCGACAAUCACGCGUCAAAUGGCGUGAAUUAUCAGUACCACUACUCGAUAAAAGGUGUCAAUAGUGUCUCGUUUGCCAAAAAAAUUAUAUUAGAACUGUUUACAACUUAUUUUAUAUACAAGCAGAAGGAAUUGAAAACAGAAUACUGAUUAAUACUACUGUAAUAUUAGCUAAAAAUUGGUGAGCCCUCGAUUAUUACUCUUCGUUCGUCGGGAUAUCUAUUGACAAGUACUGAUAAUUUACGCUAGUUGACUCGUGAUUGUCGCUAGAUGUCACUAUAACUAUGCCUAUACAAAUAACUCGCAUUUACUGAUGUAUGAGUUACAACUCGUCCCUCACUUAUUCCUUUAUGCUAAUACAGGUAUAAUGUAUACAUACAUAUUUUAGCUUACUACUUAUGACGUUUUGCUUGUUAUUCGAUUUGAUAAUCGUAUUAUUGUAAUUAUAUCUUCUCAUUUGAAAAUUGUUCUUAGAGUUGUGCGUACAUUGUUUAAAAUCAAACAUUGUUUAGGGAAAAGUAUGUAGAGUUCCCAAUUCUUCGCUUGAAAAGAAAUAAACAUCUACUUUUAUUAUUGUUUUUACGAAAACCCUAAUUUCGAUUCAUCGUGUUUUUGUUAUUAAUAAUUACAUUUUCUUUCUUUAACCUGACAUUGUACAAAUGCCGACUAUCUAGCUUUAAUAGAUAUUAAAGUAUAUGUACUUUAGGUGUAGGUAUAGUAUAGGUAAUUACUAUUAUGUAGGUACGUAAAAUACAUUGAAAUGUGUAUAUAGUUUUAAAUUUCCAUUGCAUUAAAGUUACUUGUAACACGUUGAUUA